CCCCUACGUACCUUAGUUGUCGGCGACCCGCUAGGAUUUCUUCCCAUCUCCACAUCCCGCUUGACGUGAGCUUCUUUUUCGGGUCACCCCCGAUGACGGCGACUGCUGGGGAUGUUGUCAAAAGGUGUAGUGUGCCCUCCCUGACUUGCAGUAUCCCUCGAUUUGUGUUCAGCCUACGACCGGCAACGCCGGGGAUGACCACCCAGUCGACCAACAUCUGCGGGCUCCUAGCCAAUCCAAAGCCACCCCCGGCUCUCCAGGAGCCUGAUCAUCUCCAAUCUCAAGGCUCCGACAUGUCGCAAGCGCGGCUAUCUUGCAUCGGCGCGACGCUCGCCAUGAUAAAUUUGGACUGAGGUUUCUGUCCCCGGAUUUGAGCAAGAUUACGUGCCGUGUCCAGGCAUGGUACUUGGGCGCGUAUCGAGUGUGGACUUUUGUAUUUGUACGCCUGAUAAUCCUCUUUUCGUCAGUUUGUGAGGCAAGAUACCAAUCCAUAUUACCGACUCGGUUCCUUUUCUCUUUUUCUGUUAGGCCCCUUUACUAUUACUGGAAACGCUGCUCCGCGCUCGUUGUUCCUUCUUCGCUGUCUUGUAGUUAUUGGAAUCGACAGUCUUCUUCUUCUCCUUCUCCAUCUUUCCGUUGCCAUGUCUUCCGAGCUCAAGAACGUCUCCCGCACUUCGGACUUUGAAAUCGAUGUCGAAGAGGUCCACGUCUCGGCCCAAGCCCGCGCUAUGAAGGCUGUUGAUGCAGCGAGGGUUAGCUUGACCGCUCUGGCUCUCGUUGCGAGCAUAACGGUCCUCGGCGUCUCGGCAGACGCCCUGGCAGUCUAUGAUGCCACUCACGUUCCCGCCCACUACUUGUUACCGCUGUGGCCAGAUGCCUUCGACCUGCGACCAACAGUAGCACUGGUUGUAGGGAGCUCAAUCCUCAUCAUCGCCAACACAGUGUCCUUGGUAUUCAGCCGGGUUCAAUCUACUAACAUCAAAAAGCUGCGUGGUCAAACUCUCAUUCACAAUUCUCUGGCUGUGGCGACUCCGGCAGUAGGACUAAUAGUGUCCAUCAUUGCUGUUUCCUUCUUCUACAGCAUCAACGCGUCGAUCACGGUCGACACCCUGCAGAGCUGGAGCUGCCGCUGGUCAGAGGUCGCGAUGCUGACGCGGCCACAUUUCGGCACUCUUUGCAAGCAAAGCAAAGUAGGCCUUUACCUGUCCGUUCUGAUCAUCCCGACCGAGGUCAUCAUCCUGGGAGCUGCUGCGUAUCAGACGAUCCUUGAGAGGAACGUCAACAGGACCAACAGGGUAGCCCGGGAGCGACGCAAGUCUGGGAGUCCAGUACCGUCGUCAGUUCGCGACAUCGAAGGAGAACAGCAUUGAAGGGAGUGGAUUGAGGCUUGCAAGAGAUCGUUCGACGUAAAUGUCACCUUGUUGGGCCCUACUGUUCGGAUCGAGCGAAUAGAAUGACGCCGGAAACGGACAUUGGCACCCUCACUGGACAAGAGGUACAAGGAAACGGAUGGGGCCUGACAAACCGGGAGCGCGCUGUACAGAUAUUCGUGCUUUCAGUUCUAACACCGGCCAAUACCAUAAAAUGGAAAUGCCGUUGUCGAUCCAAAUCCAACACACACCUCACAUUUUGGACACUUCCAUCACCAGGCCAGUCGUGGUUUAAGGCCGCAUCCGGCGUCCCUGUCGGAGGCCGACCAAAGUGAAUCGAGCAGCCACCAGGGUAUCACCGCUACAGGUCGCCACUCGAGUCCACGCUGACGAUUCGCUAGCCCAGGGAUUGUCGACCCUGGCCGGUUGCGG